UGUCAAACAUGGCGCGUGUCAAAGUAGCGAAAGACUGAAAUGUCAUGGUUUGCAUCUAUCAUUGAAGCCUUUGGCACCUUUGCCCACCGGCAUUGUCCGGAGGAAAAAAAAACAAGUCAACAGCCAUGUGGCCGAUGGUGCUAGACUAUACAAAAGAUGAAUGCCAAAGAAUGCUUCGGAAACUGGAAUUGGAGGCGUAUGCUGCUGUGGUGUCAGCUUUUCGUGCUCAAGGGGAGCUGACCAAAGACAAGAAAAAGACACUGCAAGAACUGAGCAAUAUUCUCUGCAUAUCCUUAGAACGGCAUCGUGCGGAGAUACGGAGGGCUGUGAAUGAUGAACGACUGAACACCAUUGCAGAGCGCAUUGUGGGCCCCAACACGUCAUCCAACUGGGCCAUGGAAGGAAGACGCUUGGUGCCACUGAUGCCCCGGCUAGUGCCGCAGACGGCCUUCAGUGCACUGGCCAAUAGCGUCGCGAACAGUUUGGCGAGUGCUCAAGCGGCCAAGAGCGCCGCUGCCUCUCCCACCAGUUCCAGCGUCGCAGCCGCCCUUGAAAAGGAGCUGCUUCAAUUUACUGGGAACAGCCCCAGCGCUGCCACGCCAUCAUGUUCGGGGCUCAAUGGUCCGACGACGUCGCCCCGGCCAUUACAGGCAGCUGCAGUUGUGCGUCCAAGUGCGGCGUGGACGCCACCGACCGCCAGUGGCUCGAUGCCUAAGGUGCCAAGCCCAGCUGUUGCAAAGGCAGAACCUCUGCCGAUUGUUCCUGAUGUUUCUUCAGCAGAUGAAGACAACACCUUGCGCAAGAGGAAGCGCUCCCUGAGUUUGGACUCCUUGCCAUCAACCAGCAAUGCAGCGGCUUCAGCGAUCAUGCCUACAUCCCCUCCUACCACGGUCGCCCUCACAACCAACACGGCGGCUGCAGCUGUGCCUAUCCCUGCCUCGGCUGCUCCUGCGCCUACUCCCACUGCCGCCCCACUUGCACGGGUUACCACCAACAGCCCUGUCGUAACGAAGGUGGUGGUUCCUACAUCACUUCCCAGCACCUCCGUCUCGCCCAGUGUGACGACGAAGGUUGUUAGCCUUCCUGCAGCAUCCACAACGCAGCUCAGGGUCCCUGUGGUGCCGCAAAGAACGACGAAUGUGCCAACAUGCUCUCAGAAGGUGAUCCUAGUGUCCACCACGGCAGCAUCCAGCCCCAUGUCUUCAGGCUUGCAACGUCCACACCUGAGUGUGCCCGUGGUGAAGACAGUCUCUGCACCGGGCACAGCACCACUUGUUCAUCAGGGCAAGGCACCUGUGGUCAUGGGCCUACAAGCUUCCUCAGCCGCUCAUCCUUCUUCCCCUGCCGCCCUGACCAGUGUCACAUCUGUUGUCACCACUCCAGUGCCAUCAGCAUCCGUGGCAAUGACUGGCGAGCCGGGUGUGGUGCGCCUGCGACCACGGGCGGUGACCGUGAACCCCCGCAUGCCUGUUCGAGUGCCACGCGUUCCUGCCCCGGUUCCUCCUUCGAUGGGUGGUGGGGCUCCACAGCUGCCGUGUCCAUCACCUUCAUACGGCAAGGCCACCAUCUCGGUGCCCAAGGGGGCCAUCAUGCAGUAUCGCCACGAAGGCACAGUGAAGAUAAUUGCUCAAAGCCAGCUGCCCAUCUCGGGUGCCAAGCUCGUGACCAAGGCAGGGCCUGGAUCCACCAUUGCGACCUCCUCUUCCUCAUCCUCCUCCACCUCCCUCAACGUUCCACCACGAGUUUCUACAGUCUCCAUUACAAGUAGCCAGACCCGGGUGGUGAAUGUGAUCACAGCAUCGCAGCCCGGGGUGGUUCGUACUCUGAGCCGGACUGUGACACCCGGCACGUCAGGUUUGAGCCAGCGCCCGAAUGCCUUGGGACUGCGACCCACGCUGGGCUCCGGUGCAAAGCCCAACGUGAUUGUUGUGCACAAGGCUCAAGUAUGGCCACAAGCGCAGCCUGGAAUGGCGUCAUCGUCGUCUCAUCUAAGCCGGUCUACGGACUCUGUUACAUAUCUGCAAAGGCAAGACCGACCCAAAACCACUGUGGGGGCCUGUGGCACAGUGACGGUCGUCAAGACGUCGGUUCCUGUUCCCCAGCCCUGUGUAGCACCUGUUGUAAGGAUGCCCAGGGAAACCACUGUGAAGACUGUGCCACGCCUGUCCGUACCCACAAGAAAGCCACCGGAGCAGACGUCGAAUUCCAGCAGCACUGGCGGCUCCACUCUUGGAAACAGCGGUAGCAACAACAACAAUAGUAGCCUGCUUGCAGAGGUGAUGCAUGCUGCAGGCAUCUUCCAAGGCGAAGGCGGCAGUGGGCAGCCACCGCCGUUGCUUGUUAUUGGUGAAGAUGCGGUGCCACCAGCUGAAGUUGAAGUUGCCAUCGACACUGUGCCUGUGGAUGACAAUGCUGUGAUAUUGGACGACGGCCAGCUGUUGGUUGACAGCGAGGUGGUCAACGUGGUGGAGAACAUCCCAGGCGUGGUCGUGGAGGAGGCACCGUGCCUGCUGCAGGACCACGUGGUCUGCCACGAGGUGGAACUGGUAACCCAGCCUGGACCACAGCUGGAGGUCGUGUCAGCGUUACCUUCGACUGAAAACAGUCUUGCUCAGUUGACCCAGAACGGCCAAAUUGCUACCAAAGAGCCAGUGAGCCAUAAAGCUUUCCCAAGUGCGUCAUCAUCAGCCGAACAGCCGAAAUUAAAAAGUGCAAACAGCGAUGGUGCGUUGCCAACACCGGCACCUAAAAAAAGUUCAGAUAGGCCUCGCGGCUUGCAGGGGAAACGGCCAGGCUCUGAUGACGGAAAGGACGUUCCUGGUACCAGCAAUGGUAUUGUUGCCAGUGGAGUUGCUGAACGUCUGGGUCUAAUGGUUUCAGGGGCCACUGGCAUUCCAAUUUCAUCUACCAGCAAAUUGCAUACCAGUGACACUGCCCCAGCUCUGAGACCUGCCACAAAUUCAACAGCAAUAGGUUCUACCCAUGCUGCCCCACCUGCCUCCUUAGCACCUCUAAACGAAGCAAGUGGUCUGUUGAGGCGGACUGAUGACUCUGAUCUAGCUGUCCCUGGUCCUAGUAAAGUGUCUAUUGUAGGUUUAACAUGGAAGCACAGUACGAAAACACCACUUCCUUGUCCAAGUUCAGCAGCGGGGCAACACCAGUCUAACGGGCCUCAGCAGUCCGUCGUCCGCAUUCAACCAGAUCUGCCUGUCGGCAUCAGUGAAGCACUGUCUACAUCCAAUGGACCUUCGAGGGUUUCGCCUGAUGCUGAUAUACUUGGCAGUGUCAAUGGAAACUCAAACCCAGACAUGAGUGACAGUCAAAGUAUUAGGCAAGCAAGCAAACAUUCGGGCACAUCUUCAAAUGGCAAUGGUGGCCCGACCCAGAGCUCUGCAGAGAACAUUGCUGAGCAUUCAAUGGAAAACUCCGUGGAGAACCUGAUAGAGAACUCCGAGGGUAAUUCAGAUGACAAUACGAAUGACAGUUCUCAGGGGAGCUCUGGCAUGGUUGGCGGUGAAACUAAUGAGGAGGACUCCGUGGGUCCCAUCGACCUCCAGGACUCCAUAUCGAGCUCCUCAUCAGCGGCGCUAGUCUACCCUCGCAAUCCUGACGAAGAGCAGUCUGCCAUAAUCAGUUCGUCAUCAAAUGACCACAGUCGAAGAGACAUCCACAAAGCUAAGCGUGCUUGCGAUGUAACCAGCUCAACAUCUGUGUCUGCGUCUCCAUGUCCAGCGACACCAAUGCCAUCGACAUCUGCUGUCUUCGGGGAGCAGAGCUUGCCAGUUGCAAGUUCGACACCAUCUGCUCCCGAGCAAAACUCUCCGGACCAGACCAGUGAGGGCAGUUCCACAGCCCAUUUUGAGCUGCCUUCGUGCUUCGGCGAGGGCAAUGGCAGCAGCAGUUCUAACGUCACGUCAGCUGAGCUGGAGAUCGCUGUGGUCUCCUCACCGACUCCGGAUGCUCAAGAGUUGUCGGCAAACAGUGCGAGUGGUGAAAGAAAUGUCGCUGGUAGCGAAGAGCGAAGGAGCAGUGCCGUCGAGUCGUCCGAGCAGGAGGGUCCGGCGGAAGUCAGCUCGGCGAUCGCAGCGCAGCAACCUGGCGCUUCGUUGUUGCCUGCUCAGCGUGAAGAGGUGACGUCUGCGCAGAAUGGUAAUGGCCCGUCGUCUGCAGCGAAUGGUGAAGUGACGUCAGCCGUGUCAUGUCCAAAUUUUGACAAUGACGAUGAUGAUGUUGAUGGUAACGAGGCCGGAUCACUAGUGAGUGAGCUUGUUGUCAGUAGUGAGGAAGAAGUGAGCACUGCUGAGGCUGUGUUAGUGCAUUCCGAAAGUCUGGCCGAAAUCACAUGCUCAACUGUUGAUGCAACGAGUGCUUCAAUAGCUUCUGGUAGUUUGUUUCACCACAACGCACGGCCUUUGUCUGUGUCCAGCACAGAGGAGGCAGAAUACCUUGGAGGGUCCGUGGAAGUAGACUCCCACGAGAACGUUCCAGAUGCUCAAGCCUUCAAUGAUGUGGGCACAAGCAGCAGCUGUGGUGACGGGGGUGAAGCAACAGGAGCAGAGGCUACAGUGGGAAAUUUGCCUCCGGUGCCUGACGAAGCAUCGUCGGACUCGUACUCGGGUGUCGAGUCGUCCCGCACCGUGUCAACCGCCUGUGACAGCGCCCCUGCUGCCAGUGACCACGGGAAUCCAAAUGGCACGUCGGAUCAGCCAAGCCAGUCCGAAACUGAAGGUGGCUUUUCGGCAGCGUCUGCAGCGGAGGAACCCGUGGAGUCUGGGAACAACGGGGAAGAAGUCUACGAAUUGCUGAUUUGUGAUUCCGAAGCGAGUGAGGGAAUCACAUCAGUCAUGGUUGACUCAGUGUCCAGUACUGUGUUCGGAGCUCAGCGAGGAGCUGGCCCAUCACCGUCCACAUAUCAUUUAGUCUCUCUUCCAUCAUGCUCGUCGUCUGGCCCUACCACAUCAUGCUCUCCUCCCGCAAUCGACGUGGCAUCACUUACUCUGGCAUACCACAGGACUGAUGAUGCGGCAAACCUCGAUGCUUCGUCGUCGUCUUCAUUAUCAAGCAGCAGCGGGCCGCCCAUUGUGGCCGACUCUUCCGCCGGCCUGCCAUCACACGACGGCACCCCUGCCUCAAAUAGUGUUCCCGGCAGCACUUCUAGCAGCAGUCAGCCCUUACAAGUUGACAAUGGGAAUGCCAGCAAUAAUGGCAGUGGAAGCAGUAGCAGCAGUGGCACCAGCUCGGACCCUGCGACACCGCAGAAUGUUGACGACUCCGAGACGUACGAAAAUGGUGCGGCCUCGGCGGCCUCGUCUGCUUGCGAUGUGAUUCUUGUCGAAGCCCAUGCAGCGGGAACAUCAUCCGAGAUUGUGGUCUAUGCAGAAGAAGAAGCGGCAGCUGGUGUGAGUGUUUCCUUGGACAACUGUGACAAUGAUUGCAGCAGUAACGCUGCCCCUGAAGACGUUGGGGGCAAUUUGCUGAUUGUCAGCUCGUCGGCAUCCGUACAUGGCCACGGCGGGCUAGCAAAUGGAAUGCCGGACGAGCAUGCGUCGACAUCAAGGCUCGCUUUGCACCAAGACGAGGACUCUGCAGCAAGUUCAGCCGUUUCAGACAUUGAUGCCGUGGUUGGCAACGUGGUGACCGUUGAGACAGUGAGGGACAUUGUGGAACAGGUGGUGACCUCGUCAGCCUCUGUUACCCCUGCGUCACUGUCCCAGCCUAGCACGUCAAGAGGUGCAGCAGGGCCACAGCAGGUGCUCAAAAGGAAACGUCGUGUGAAUGCACUUAUUGACGAAGCUUUGUGUGCCGUGGGACAUGUGUCUGGUUGGGCGCGAGCAGCAUCAGGACUUCUGGAUAGGGUGUGCAAAUUUAGAGGUGCCAACAGGUCAAAAGGUGUGCCACCACCAGCGCACUGGUUUUUGGAACCAGUUGAUCCUGAAGAUGCUCCUGGUUACUAUGACGUCAUUGAUCAGCCCAUGGAUUUCUCCACCAUAAAGAAGAAACUGGAGAGUGGCCAGUACCGGGACAUAACAGAAUUUCACGAGGACAUGAUGCUCGUGAAGCGCAACUGUCAGACGUACAACCCCGCAGAUCAUGAGGCGUCGCAGGACUGUGAAGAAGUCUUUGCCUUCUACCUGCAGGAGUACAAUCGGUUGGUCGAGAAGUGGCAAAAGAGCCACUUGAUAUCUUCGCCAAAGAGAUCGAAGCAGAGCUGAAAGUAACCCAGCCAUUUGUAGCAGAAAAACACUUGUUGCCACUACCCUGCCGUGCACCAAAGUGUUCUUCAUCGCUGAACCCAUCACCAGGCCGAACACUUUCCUGCCUUCUACUUACAUGCGUGUGCUGUAUAUAUGGGACCUGUGUGGAAGGAGUGCUACAACGAUCAUCUGUACAUACGUUUCUCAGGCGUCAUCGUCAUCGUGGUGAAAGCCCCCUCCCCACUUCAACACCUUUAUAGUUUUCCUUUUUUGGUGACCUUUCCCAAAGCCAUACCCUUCCUUAUUGAAGCUGUGUUCCGGUGUUGCGUCGUAUAUUACGCAUGUACAGGAGUUUGUUUUUUAUUCAUAUCUUACAUUGGAUGUGAAUGUUGCUGUAGCAUGCUGUUCUGCUCCUUUGUUUGUAAUUUGUUGAAUCGUUUUUAUGAUCAUUUUAUUAUACUACGGUAUAUUGUUGUUAUUGUUGACACCAUUGCUUAUUGCCAAAAGUAAACGCUUGCAGAAGCAGCACUUGGAUCGAAUAUCGUUGUACCAUAUACUUACGUGUAUCAUUAUAUAUAUAUAUAUAUAUAUAUGUGUGUGUGUGUGUGUGCACAUUAACAUACACAACUGGUGCUCAGAGCUUUGCGUAUCAUGAAGCAAGAUCUUUUAAAAUAUGCACAUAAUUAUGUGCAGUGCACAUUGCAAGGCUGGUUGCAGUAGUCGCAACAGUCUGCCGGUCACAUGGGCAUAAAUGGAGAUACAUUUUUGUUGAUUUCUAGAGGUGGAAAAAAAGAAAAAAAAGGGGGUGGGGGGCUAGUUCGACCUGUGUAAUGCAGAAGUUUUUAAUUCUUGCUCUAUUUUAAUAACAUGCAAAAGGCAAUUUGCAGUUUUAGCUCCCAAGUCCAUGCAUUGUCCUAUUGUUUUGUCUUGCCCUUCUCUCCGUUCCCCCCUUUGUGUGCAAACGAAUGGUAAUAUUUACAAAUCAUGCCAGUUCACUUGAGAAAUUUUGUACAAUUAAUUGUAUUUAAUUACUAAGCCAUAUUGGGGACAGAUUGUGGUCCCGUGUGUAAGUUAAAUCGACGUGUAUAUACUAUGUACGAUAUAAUGUAAUUGUUAAGUUUGCGUGCUUCCCCCAUCGUCAUCAUUACUGUACAGUGUAUAUAUAUAUAUAUAUAUUGUAAGAAAAAGGAUAUUUUUAAGCUCUUGAUUUGUAAAUGAAGUUGUGAUUCUGCAUGGGCGAAUUUUUUUUGUAAUAUUCAUCUCUGUGAACCCAAGAUGCAGCUGAAAUACACUGGGCACGCGUCUUAGGCAAGGCGUUCUUUUAGAAAUACUCAUCGCAUGUACAGAUGAUGCGAUGGAGGCACACGGGGCCUGUACUAUUUUUUUUCACUGGCACUAAAGAAUCGAGUCUACUGAUAUCUCAUGCUUGAGAAGAAUGGUAAUAAAAACUUGCAAUGUUGAA